CACAAACCAACGUCUCGAUGACUACGUCCACUUCUUAUACACGCCGUCACCUUCGUGUCAAACAAUCCUCCCUUUGAUCUCACUUUGUUCUGCAGGAGAUGCAGUUGGAGGAGCUCAACGCCGUCCGUCAGACGUUACAGGCCGACCUGGAGACGUCCAUCCGCCGCAUCGUGGACCUGCAGGCCGCCCUGGAGGAGGUGGAGUCCAGCGACGAGAGCGACUCUGAAAGCGUUCAAACUGCUAUGGCGUCCUUGACUCAAAAGAAAGAGCUUGACUCGGUGUCCAGUGCCGGCUCCAUCGGGACGGAGGACGUGGGAGAGGGGAUCCGUCAUUGGUUGGGAGUUCCCAGAGGAGGGUCCCGCGGCGGUGGCAGCAGUACCAUCAGCAGCCAGGGGGGGCGCCAGUCUGUCGCUGACACCGUGAGCACCCACAGCUUCCGUUCUUGUGUGGAUGACGAGGGCUCCGAGGCCGGAGGUCCGGGUCCCAGAGGUCCCAGUCGGGCCCCGUCCUCCUCGGCUCUGUCCGAACUGCUGGACGGACUCCGUAAACGGCGAGCCGGCGGCGAAGCGGGCGACGGAGCCGGUAGCGCCGUCUCCCUGCCGGUUUAUCAAACCACCGCGGCCUCGACUCUCAGACGGAGAGCCUCGGCCCUCUCCCUCGGCCCCGGCGGUGACCCCCAGGAGCCCCGCCCGGGCCCCGGCAUCCUCAAACCACCGUCCCCGCUCCUGUCUCGCGCCGCCAGUGCUCGCUCCGUCGGCGACGCUUAUCUGACGUCCGGAGCCAAACUCUCUCGCUUCAACUCGAGCGACUCCCUCUCUUCGGUUCCCUCGCUGCCUCGCCUCUCCUCCAUGGCAUCCCCCGGGUCCUCCUCCAUCCCGGAGGAGGACCCGGACGAGAGCCUGCGCUCCAGGACGACCCCGACGCAGCGCUCGACCCCGACGCAGCGCUCCCCGCAGGCACUGAGGCGGUGCAUGCUGGGUAGUCUCGCUGCAGAGGAGGGAGGCGAAGGCUUGCUGGGUUCUGAACCCAUGGUGUUCCAAAACCGCCGCCUGAUUGAGGACUGCGACGACGCCGCCUCCGACAUCCUGCCCGCCAUCCGGAGAGCUCAGUCCACCAGCAGCCUGGCCGGCUCGGUGAGAGGAGGCCGGAGGGCGCUGAGCGUCCACUUUGGGGAGCUGCCUCCUUCGUCCCGCGGCAGGAAGAGCUCCGAAACCGAGUCGUCCAGCUCGGGCGGUUCUGGAGGAAGUUCCCAGGGAGGCGGGUCCAGACGAAGGUUUGACGGGCCGCAGGGAGAAAGACUGGAGGCCGAGGGCAGCGAGGGGGGAGACGUGGCUUCGGUCAUGAAGAGAUACCUGAAGACGGAGACUGACUGAAGCAGAGGAGGUGAACUCUCAGUUUGUCCUCAUCCAGCUGUGAGCUUCACAGACUGAACGCGGCAAAGAAACACGUCUCAAGUCAAGAAGGAUCUUUUUAUUUUGAAAGCCUGAAAAUACAUCUGCACUCAAUCAACUGUAUUUUCACAUAAGCUGUUUGUAUAUGAAUAAAACUAAUCAAUUCACUUUUUCUCUUUGUGAAUUUAUUCU